AUGUUAAAUUUUAAAAUAACUUUAUUAUUAUUUAUAAAUUUAAUUAUACUUGCAAUUAUAAAUUGUUCAAUAAUUAAAAAAGAAGGUGAUUUUUUAUUUGCAUAUUUUUCAGAUACAGUUUAUGGACCGAUAACAGGAAAUGAAUAUUUACAAUUGAAUGAGAAAUGUAUGGAAUGGGAAAUUAUAAUUGAUAGUAGUGGAAUGGAUAUUUGGAAAUCAAAAUUUAGUAAUACUGUUGUGGUUUCAUUCAAAGGUACAAGCAGUAUUGAAGAUAUAAAAGCUGAUUUAGAUAUCAAAUAUUCAAAUUGUAAUUUAAUAGUAAAUAAUGAUUUAUGGGGUGGUGGUGGUAGUGGUAGAGGUGGCGGUUGUGGAAAGAUUCGUAAUGGAUUUCAAGAGAAAUAUAAUGAAAUUAGUUUAUUACUUUUAUCAACAAUUAAAAAAUUAGAUCAACAAUAUGAUAUUUAUUUCACUGGUCAUUCAUUAGGUGGUUCAACUGCAUUAUUAGCAUCAUUGGAUUAUGUUACAAAUCAUAAAGAUCUCAAUAUAAUUCAUUCUAUUAAUUGUAUAACUUUUGGACAACCUUCAAUUGGUGAUUUUGAAUUUAAUAAAUUUGCAAAUUUAAAAUUAGAUAAAUUUCAGUAUCGUCGUUAUAUUAAUAUUAAUAAUAUUGCACAAUUAAAUAAUAAUAAAACCAUUGAAGAUCCAGUAGUGAAUUUCUUAUCGGUACCACAUCCAAAUAAUAGUCCAAUUCUAUUAGAUUGUAAUAAUGAUUGUCCAAAUUACUCUUUAGGUUUACAUUUCUUGGAUCUUUAUAAAGAUAAACUUUAUAAUGAUAAAUAUUCAAAAUGUAAUUCAAAUUGUAAUUUUUUAUUCCAAAAUCCAAAAAUUACAAAAAAACAAGUUUAUCAUUGUCCAUCAUCUUCAGAAUCGACAAUUAAAGGUCACUUUUAUCCAGGUUCUGGUUUUUUCACUGAUAAAUAUUCAGUUUGUAUUUUUACAAAUAAAGAUGAUUUUAAUAAAUAUGAAUAUAGUCAAAAUAAUAUUUGUGGUGGUAAAUCUAAUAUUUUAAUUGAUAAAACAACAAAUGCAAUGGAGUUUGAAAUGACUGUUUCUGGUUCUGAUUUAUUUAUAAUUGUAGAGAAUCAUAAUUUAUUCUUUUCAACUUCAACUCUUGCUUUCAAUAUUUCAUUCAUUAGUACAAUUCAAGUACCACAACCACCAAAUAAUUUAACAUGUAAAAUAAUUUCAACAAAUGAAAAUUCAAUGGAUAUUUCAGUUUCAUUCAAAUCAAAUAAUACUAUUUCAUUAAUUCAACCAACAAUGAAAUAUAAUAUUUAUUUAAGUGAAAUUGGAAAAGAUUGGAUUAAAUAUGAAUUUGUUGAACCAUUAUCAAAAAUAGAAUUAAAUGAAAUUAUAAAAAAUCUUAAAAAAGAUGGUCUUUAUAGUAUUGUAUCUACAAGUGAUAAUGGAAUAGAAUCCAAAACUUCUAAUUAUUGUUUUGUUAAUGGAUUAGAUAAUAAAAAUAAAAUAAUUUGA